AUGGAGAACAAAGCAUUCUUCGUUCGGUACCUUACAAACCAAUCUGUAAAGGUUGAAACUCACUAUAUCGGCGAACAAGACAGACAAAGACCACUGACUGACGUUGCUGACCUGGUCGCCGCUUACAAGCCAGGGUCACUUCUCGCUGACACGCCGACCGAGCUACUCACUCUCCAUUAUGCUGUUGAUAGACCAGCCAUUGCUGGGGAUGUGCUCCUGACCUCAAUUCAGGAGCCGGUUGGUUCCUACAACCAACCGCUUGUCAUCAAGUCCAAAAAUGGUACUGGACAAGGCAUCUCUAGUGCAGUAUCAGGAGCUCCAGUAGGUUCGAAUACCGGAAUGGUUUCAGGAACAUUCGAAGAAACUGCAGAUACCGAAACCACUGUGUCACUUUUAAAGUAUCAUCACAUUGCCGAUUCUUUAAAAGAUGACAAAUGUGUCGUGCAAAUCGUAGAUGUUCUCCUUUCAAUCACAGCUGGAGAAUUUUCCGAGUCAAGCUUCAAAAAUUUACCAUUUGUAUUUCUCAAGGGCUCGUCUGGUUCAGGAAAGAGUCAGAUGGGCUUUAAUAUCAAAGCCAAUAUUGGUGAUCGGAGGAGAGUGCAUUAUCUCCUGUUCGAUCCUCCCGGUUCGACAUCACAAAGAAUCUACCGCAACUUUGAAAACAUUUCAAAGUUGUUCAGCAAAUGUUAUGUAGAAGAUGAGCACAUGUACACUUCUGAAACUUCAUCUCCAAGCUGUGGUUCGCUGUUCAAAGAAAGUCUAUAUAUGUAUGGAUUUAUUUUUGAACUGCUAUCCAACAAAUUCAGUCACCCACAACCAGUGUUUAUUCUGGACGAGUGUAUUGCUAUUUCAGACCAGUCCUUAAAAAAAGUGCGAUUUGUGCGAAAUUGCUUCCGCUCAUUGGGUCUGGGACUCGUUAUGAUGGGAACAGAUUCCAGAGCAGCCAAACUGCAACUCAGCAUUGGAGGAAGCAGUCGAAGUGAUGUUCCAAUGCCGUGGUGUCAUGUGUUUGGGGAAUUUCCAGCAGUAAAACUAGAACUAACAGGAUUGCCACAAACACUACCAAGAUAUCUCAAAUCUAUCAUACUCAACUCAAGGCCACUUUUUGCGCAGUUUGUCGCAGAAGAAAUCGCAAACAAGGUUUCAGAUUUUGACGAAUUGAUGAAAGCAGCGUUUAUUAAACUGAAAUCAGUCAAAAAGAUAUUUGGAAAUCUUUACGGACAACUUGGACAGGUUCGGCUGUUUCAUAACGCUCACUGUCAACUGACCGAUUUGGAAAGCCAAUCGACCAAUCUGAAAAACCAAUCGACUCCAUUGAUUCACUCACACUUUGCCCAGCUAGAUGGAAAAAAAAACUUUAUAUUGAUGAAUGAUGGAUGUAUUCAAGACCAUUCUGCUUCUUGGGAACCGUCUUCGGUGUUUCCAGAGCUAAAGAAUGACAUUUUGCUUUACCUGCUGUUGAUGGGUGGAAAGGGAUUUUCCGCCUGUUAUACAGGGGAUAACAAGCAGGUGCCAUAUGCAUAUUUUUUGAUGGAAGCCAAGAGUAAUCCGGAUUAUCGCAGCCAUAUUCUAUACUUUUCGAAUGCUGUGCAGGAUAGCAAUGAUGGAAUGUUUCUCAAGUCUUUGCUAUGUUCGACGGUCUGUUUGGCCUCACAUUCUAAUGGCGUCAAGGGAAUUGGUCUAAAACCGUUUCUGUUGAAUUUGGUAUACCAGCUUCAGAUUGAUAAACCUGAUUCCGAAGACGUCUCUAUACUCGAUCUGAACAGGCUCGAUGGUAUAACAUUUACUGUACCUUUUCUUUCACCGCCAAACCAAAAGUGGCCCGAUUUUGUUCAAAUACCUGGUUUGAACUUUAAUUGGUUAUCAAGAGCUCGAAACUCGGAAGGUAUUGAUUUGAAGACUUCCUGUGGACUUUUUGGAGAAUCCAAAGAUCACAAAGGUGUAAUCAGCCUUGAAACAAUGGUGAAUAUCAUUGGUAGGAUUCCUCAAGCAGCAGAGGUGGAACUAGUUUUUACACGAAAACUUCAAGAUUCGUACUUUAAUCCUCCAGCUCCAUCGUUUGAAGUUCAAUUCCAAAGAAGCCAUGUUCUGAAAAAGGCUUACUACAAGAUUGACGCUUCAAAGCCCAACACUUUGCUUGAACCAAUCAAGGGUCUUCCGUGCGACCAGCCUGAUAUGGAUGGAGUUGUUAUUUUCUUUGAGAUCAAUGACAGGGUUAUUAUUUAA